UCUACAGUUAGAUGGCGGUGUUGCAUAGAGAGUUGAAAAGCGAAACAACGUCUCAGAAGAGGAAAUAGUCGUGCAGAUUAUCUAUGCUCUUAUCUGUAAAUCAGAAGUUAAAUAUAAAUCAUGCGUUUGCUUCUGAACCCCCUUUUUAGGUUUUCUACUGCAUAUGUGGGUUCACAGACAAGCCUAAAAACUGGGUUUAGUUCACAAAUAUUGCCAUUUCACCUAAGAAAAAUGUUGCAUUACAAAAUGGAAGAAAGGGGACAACCGAACACUCUUGACUACAGGAUAUAUUUUAAAACCUCAGAGGGCAAAUACAUCUCACCUUUCCACGACAUUCCACUCUUUGCAGGGGAUGAUCAGACCAUGUUUAAUAUGGUUGUGGAAAUACCUCGCUGGACAAAUGCCAAAAUGGAGAUUGCAACGAAAGACCCACUGAACCCUAUUAAACAGGAUGUAAAAAAGGGCAAGCUUCGAUAUGUAGCAAAUGUCUUCCCUCACAGGGGUUACAUUUGGAACUAUGGAGCCCUUCCACAGACCUGGGAGGACCCAAGCCACAAGGAUAAUGACACAAAGUGCUGUGGCGACAACGAUCCAAUUGAUGUGUGCGACAUUGGCUCAAAGGUGUGUUCUGUAGGAGAGGUGAUUCAAGUAAAGGUCCUGGGAAUACUGGCAAUGAUUGAUGAAGGAGAGACAGAUUGGAAGAUAAUUGCUAUCGAUGUUCAAGACAAAGAUGCUCCAAAUAUUAACAGUUUAGAUGAUGUACGAAAGCUCAAACCCGGGUAUCUGGAGUCUACAGUUAAUUGGUUAAAAAGGUAUAAGGUCCCUUAUGGGAAACCGGAAAACCAGUUUGCCUUUAAUGGAGAAUUCAAAGACAAGGAUUAUGCCGUAGAGGUCAUUAAAUCUACACACCAGUACUGGAAGGCACUGACACACAAACAGACUGAUGGAGGUGCAAUAAACUGUAAAAAUGUGUCGGUGUGUAACAGCCCUUUUCAAUGCAGCGAGGAAGAGGCCUGCUCAAUAGUCCAGUCUGCUCCAGCAUUUGGGAAAUCAGGCACAUUGCCUGAGGAAGUCGACAAGUGGCAUUUUCUUCCAAAGUGAUUCUUGACCAAAUAUGGGAACUUCCUUUGAAAAUUGUCUUCAAAAGCCAAACAACGUUCCUAAGAAUUGUAUAAUAGACAAGCACUUAAUAUGCAAACAACUGCCAAGUCUAAGGUGUGUCACAGAAUCAAAACUGAAUUAUUUGAAAACGUGUUCUAUCACUUUAUUGAUUAUUGAUUUAUGUUAAGCUCUGAAAGCUUUUUUUUUUUGUAAAUGAGUUGAUGUAACAGUUUGAAAUUAAAUGAGCACAGAGCAAUGAUGUUUUAAGUUAGUUUUGUGCUUUGUUGUAAUCAAGCCUGUCAGCUCUGCAUCUGUUUUGGAGUCUGAAUCAGCUUUGCAUUUGUUUCUUAUAAGAUGCAUGAAAUAUUGGUGCACAUGAUACAUUUCAGCAAAGGCAUCAAAGAGAUUUUAUUUUUGUUUUAAAUUAUCGGGUUAAGAGACACAGGAAAUAAUGUGUACUGUAAUCUGUAACAGCUUUGACUGCAUACACUGUAUAUAUGAAUAGCAGAAUGUCAGCAGCUUGACGUCAGACUGUUCAGAAGUUUGGAAUUGGCAAAAGAAAUUCAUGACUAGAACCACUUUUAUCUUAUAUACGUUGCUUUAUUGUUAUCUCAAGAAUAUCCAAUUGCAGACAGAGUUAAUAUCCAAAACAAAUACAGCCUUAUAUCCUGUUCUUGUUUUUAUCAAAGUAACCCAUUUUUUGAUCUUUCUGGCGUGCACAAAACAUAUCUCACAGCCUGCAACAUUAUCUUGUUUCUGGAUUUUGGGAGCAUUAGUUUCACAUUCUCCGAUGGUGUGAUAACCCGAUUGGUGGGUGGUACGUUGGAAUUUGAAAACCAGCAGUGCAUCAUUGUUUUUGUCGAGCACAUAGUUAGAGUUGUGGAGUGUGUAUGCUUUGGUGGUGAUAUUCAGAGUGUCAUUCCAGUUUCCUUACCUGAUCAUGACCAUGCGGGUUAACAACAGGUGGAACUGGAUCGUUCGGCUGGUCUCCGAGGAUGGUUAAAUUUAAUUGUUAGCUAAAUGUUUCCACUGCUACUAAUUGCAAUGAAGUUUAUUUUUUUAACAAAAAAAUUACAGUAGAUUACAAUAGUAUUGAAAUGGACAAGAGAGAUAUUUCAAUAUGUUUUUUCAAGAACAUGAUAUUCAACAAAGUGUAAACCAAACUGAUAUAUGUGGUCAUGCAUUUCUUUGCCUCGUCCAAACUUGUGAAAAGUGCUGCAUUAGAUAUUGAUAAUUUAAAAAACAAAUAAAUAAAUAAAUAAAUAAAUAAAUAAAAAGUAUUAUUAUCCUCAUAGAAAGGCCUGCAUGUCUCCCAGUAAGCCUGAUGCUAUUGAACUGUUUGAAAUGUAACCAAAGGCUUUAUUUCUUGACUGUGAUUACUGGCAACUGAUGGCAUUAUGGAAAAAUGUGGACAUAUUAAAGGCAGUCGUUUCACUAUGUGUAAUAUGUUUUUUGAACAAUAUUACCCUUGGAAAACCAAAAGGUAUUAAAUUAAUUUCAAGUUAGUUUUAGUUGUGCUUAGAAAAAAAAAAAAUCAAUUGUCAAGUCUUUUCACAGCCAAAAAAAGCUUUGUGAAGAAAUGACCUCAUUAUGUCAGUCCUGUCUACCUUGAUCUAACUUCUAAUGUAAUGUCAUUUUUUAUGUUGGGAUGGUUUGGUUAUUUUGAUACCAAUCAAUAACCUUCAGUGAUUAGUUGGCACAGAUGAGAAAAAAAUAAUUACUGUAAUGGGAAAUACUCGUAGCAGUGUCAAGUAGAAUAUUGGUACAUUUAGGUUAAAAUGAAGAAAUAUGUCACAUCCUCAUAGUGUAUUCUACCACUAGGUAUUGUGAAGGUCAUUUUUAUAAUUAUUUUUGUUUUGAAUGUUGCAUAAAUCAUUUGAAAUCUUGAUAAAGAAUAUAAUAUAUAUUUAAUAUAUAUUAUAUUUUGCUCUAUAUGAGCUUUUCAUUUGUAGGCAAAAAUCACCUAACACCUCAAAGCCGUCUCGGUUAACACUGUGCUGUAAUCAGUCAAUCAAUCAAUCUUUAUUUUAUAUAGCGCCUUUCGUAGUGGACCACCAUCACAAAGCGCUUUAAUGUAUGUACUGUAAUAUUACCAUGAUGCAAUACAAAAGGAAGGCUAUUAAAGCACAAUAAAAUAAGUGGAACCGGUAUAUUCAUAUAAGGGACGUGAAAGUAUUUUUAAAGCAUUAAUUAUUGCUACCUCCAGGGUAGACUAGAGACAUGAGAGGUAGCAUGAAAUAAUUGUAGCCCUAUUAUUCCUGAAAAAAAAAAAAUCGACCUGAUCCUGUUCUUUUUCAUUAUGACUUGGGUUUACAACAAACUUCUAUUAUUAUUAUUUAUUUCUUAGCAGACCCCUUAUCCAGGGCGACUUACAAUUGUUACAAGAUAUUACAUUAUUUUUACAUACAAUUACAUUAUUUUUACAUACAAUUACCCAUUUAUACAGUUGGGUUUUUACUGGAGCAAUCUAGGUAAAGUACCUUGCUCAAGGGUACAGCAGCAGUGUCCCCCACCAGGGAUUGAACCCACAACCCUCCGGUCAAGAGUCCAGAGCCCUAACCACUACUCCACACUAAUUGCUUUUGCAGUGUACAGGGAUGCCUUAUAAAGAGUGAGCACUGUAUUUCUUAAAGUGACACCAUUGGGUGUCACUUUAGGGUAAUUAAGUGUCAGUCAUAAAAAGAACUGUGCUAUAAAUUAAAUGUGCAUUGUAUUAAAAAGGGUGUUUACAAUUACAGAAAUGUUCUAAUGUAUUUACCUAAUCAUGGUCAUCCCAGUUAACAACAAGUGGAACUGGAUAGUUUGGCUGGUCUCCGAGGACGGUUAAAUUGAAUUGUUAGCUAAAUGUUUCCACUGCUACUAAUUGCAUUUUUUAUUUUUAACUAUGUACUGUUAAUAUGAGUUUCAUGUGGCUAUCCCUUGCCAGCAAUGUGAUCAUCAGUAUCAACAGCUUCACUGUAAUACGAAUACAAACUUGGUCAACUUUUUACAGCUUUAAGAAAAAACGAAAUAUAUCUGGUAAAAGAUAUACGAUUCUUAACUCCAAAUCAAUUACAUUGUCAUAGAGAGGUUGUAACUACUGUAAUGGUAGGAGAAGUACCUUUGGAUUAAAAUAUUUUUCCAACAGCGAGAUUUGAUGCUGUGACUUUAAGGACCGUAAGCUUGCUAAGUUAAACUACACACAGUUCUGCUUGGUGCUGGCAUUUCAGUGGUUCUAUCAGCGACAGUCUGGAGAUGUUUAUCUAUUGAUUUUAUAGGUAUUUUAAAUGUAUAUUGAUAAAUAAUGUUCAGUAAAAAUAGAUUAACCUGCUUUGAGAUUAUUCAUAGAAUGUGUUGGGAAAUUCCUAAUAAUGUACUUAAUAAUGUCAUGGGAAGCACUGAUGUAACUCUGUGCGCUUUGCCUGAUUGGCUUUUUAAAUUUGAAACAGAUUUUGUUUCAAAGCCUUCAUUCUUAUCAUGUGUAAUGGACUUAAAGCAUCAAUACUUAGGCUUGGUCUGCUGUCAUACAGUAUAUCUACACAUAUUGUUAUCAUUUUAAACAAAAAGAAAAUCCAAAAAAAGCUUGCAAUUGCUCAGUAUAGCAGCCUGCUUUCAGUUUAAUGCACAUCUGAUGUUUGAAGCUAUAAACCUCUUUCAUUUCAAAAGGAUCUAGCAAUACAAAUAUAAAGUAUACACAUUCAAAAUAUGACCCGACUGGUUAAUUCAAUUAUAACUGGUCAAGGUAUUUAUUGUUGCCUCCAAAUAAACUUAAUGCACCAUCUAGUUGUAACUUAAUAUGACAAGUAUGUGAGUUCUUUAUUUUUUAAGGUCCUGUGCUAAUGCUGCCUGACUUUAACUUGUGUAUUGCAAAAUAUAUGGAUUUGGAAUCCUGAUGCUGAAGGCAGAGAGGUGCAAAUAAUAUAUGGUAUAAAUAGUGUAGAUUUGUAUACAAUUUUUUUUAUUAAUUCUACCCUUUAUCAGUAGUGUGACCAGUCUGAUAGAUUUCAGAAUAGUCUAAAACAUUAGGUAACUUUUUGGCUAUUUGUCAGUAUAGUGUAGUUUCAAAAUGUAUAACUAAUCAACCAUAUUUCAUAUGGUAAUGGUUUUCAUGUGUGAGUUGUCAGCAACAUACUUGAUUACCUUUUGGUUACGACAUUGGUGCUGGAUUUGAGAAGUGGUGAAAUUAGCCUUAUAGGCCUCGAUUGCCUUCCAGUUGGCUAACAUGACUGUUGCACCUGCAUAUUAUCUCAGUUCUUCCUGUAGUGUAUAUUUUCUUUCCAAUUAAAUCCUAAGAGACUCUGGAUUAGGGAUUGUUUUGCAGCAAUGCUAUGAAGCACUUCAGAAGUGGUUAGCCAGAUUUAAUUCCCCUUUUUCUGAUGUGAACGGUCAUUCUGGUAGUCCUCCGUAUAGUAUGCAAGCAGGUUAAUCCAACAUAAUUAAAAGUUAAAUGCUUCACUUGUUUUUUUGUGGAAGUUAAAUGUUACUAAAAUUCAAAUGGCAUAUUAAGAUGUACGCUCUUUAAGGAGAUUGUGUUGAAAAGGAAUACAAGCAUUUCUUUGUAUCUGCUAUUUUGGUGUUGCUCACAUUUUUGAGCAGCCUUCCUAUGACCAUGUAAGAUGGAGGCAAGUUCUUUACAAAGACACUUUACAAUGUGUUUUUCUUGAAUCCUUGUCCUAGUGCCAUUUGUAGCUUGAUGUACAGUACAACAAAACGUUUUAGCAAUUAAUUAAAAAUAGUUCUAAAAACAGGGCCACUGUCUUCAUUCUCUUAGGGCCACAGUGUUAUGUCAUUCAUUUUCAUUUGUGUAAUGUGAACAAUUAUUUUGUAAAACAGUCUGUUAAAGCUUUAAAUAAAUAUAAAUUUUAUUAAAAACACCCACAUCUCAGCAAUAUCAGGAAUGAUAUAAUUAACAGCUUUCAAAUAAACUGCAUUCAGUACAUUACAAUACUUACAGUAUUUAUAACCAUCCUCAGUUUUUAACACACCAAACAUCAUGGAAAUGAGGAAAGCAGAGUACAAAAAUAUAGGAGGAAAGCGGUAAAAUAACACACAGAGUUUCAUUACUUUAGUGUCAAACAGCUAAAUACCAACGCUUGAGUAUACAUUAACUGCUAGUUUAACAAGUGAAGUGUACACUUAUUUUGCAUCAAUCAAGCUCAAAAUUCAUUCAAGUAAUGUUGACACCACUCAGAAGCAUCUUCAAGUAUGGCUAUAAUCACCCGAUAUAUCCUGUACACUGUUUCAUCCUAACACAUCCUCUACUGAGGCUGGGUCCUGUACACCAUAAGUUACAGGUUAUUAAUUUACAGAUCCAAGUCCUUUACAAUAUUUAUUUCUAAUAAUCAAGCAGUGACAAAGUAUACAGCACUAUAUGCUAGUUAAUAAGGCAGUUACAGAGAUGUGGUGCCAAACCGUUCCCAACAAUGAUUUUUUAAUAAUCAGUGUGCAACGGGAAGUUCUUGCUGUUGGCAGUUACAUUAAUUACAUCAUCCAAGAGAAAGGAAUUAAAAUAAGUAAAAUCAAGUUUUAAACAUAUAAAAUACAUGUUUUAUAUACAAUAUGGCAUACAUUAUUUAAAAUAUUUUAAAAAAACAAAAAAAGUUUUAAAAACAUUUCAAUUUUUUUUUUCAAUCAAAUUGUAGGUUUUCUGAAAAAACAAAAGUGCUUUGAAAAAAAAACAAAAAAAACGUUUUCUGCAGCACUCACUGAUAGCACACCCCUCCCAUAAUAUGUAAUUAAUUGUAAUUGAAAAAAAAAACAAA